CUAUAUACUCUUAUGUACUAAAUCGAUAAGAAUGUCAUGAAUUCCAAUACUGCAGGUACAAUCAAUAAACGCAGCAAAAACAAAAUAACCAAUCAAUAUCAUUAAUAAUUCUGCAAUCGGGUGACACGAUUCCUCUGAAAAUUAAGUAAGGAUAACAAAGAUACAUAUAUUUACAAAUCAAAUAGCCUCCGACAAUAAAUUUGUAUCAUGAUGAUUGAUAUGAUGCUAAUUUGUUAAAAAUAAACUACACAUCAACAGCAGAGAACUGGGGACGAGGGUUGUUAGAAUUUACCUGACUAUAAUGACUAUAUAUCGAUUUCUCCCUGACAAUUGAAGCACAGUCAUGUAGCAGUGACGUAAGACUCGGCGAAAAUGCACCUUCUGACAGAUUUUUGGCGGAAAUGAACAGCUGUUUUUAUCUGGGAUGGACCAUGACUUGAUGUUUUCUGAACUGCGUGUGUCUGGAAUGAACUGUGAAGUAAUUUUUUGAACUGUUACUGUGAUGAACAAUGACUUGAUUUUCUAAAUUAUAUCUAGGAUGAACAAUGACUUCAUAUUCUGAACUAUAUCUGAGAUGAACGACCAUUAAUUUUUCUGAACAACCUCUGGAGUGAACUAUGACUUGGUUUUCUUAGUUGUGAUGAACCAUGACUUAAUUUUCUGAGCUGUUUCUGUGAUGGGAUGUUACGGAGGAAGUUACCGUGUGACGCCAUAUUCGGGCCCAGGGAGCACAACCCCGGAAAUAUCCGGUCCGCUUCAGAAGAGGUCUUGCCGUGACGUCGUAUGUCUGUUGGUGUUCUUGUUUGCCCUGGGGGGUGCGGGAUAUGGAGGAUACUUGGCCGUCACCCUGGGGGACCAGGACAGACUUAUCUACGGUGUGGACAGCUGGGGGAACGUCUGUGGGAAACGUAACAAAGAAAUUGAGGGCGUACCAAGGUCAGGAAAGGACUGUACGAAUCUGAGGAAUCUGUUUUUCUACGAUAAGUCAAUAUUUUCCAAAUACGUACCCGGGGAGUAUAUUUCUGUGGAUACGACAGUGCUUUGUGUUAAAACAUGUCCAACUUACCCCAUAAACAGCGUGACAGAACUACAGGAUUUCUACAACAACACAGGCUCCAGUUUGUGCUGGUAUGACGUGUCGCGUGACGCCUAUUUUGACGGGAACUCCAAUGGGCACGACAGAUGCCCCAGACUGCCGAUAGAAACCCAUGAGUCCAUUCUAUUCCGCUGUAUACCAAAGUCUUUCAACCAACCAUUUGAGAUCUUGACGAGCGCCAUCAACGAUAUUCUCAAUAAAAUCGAUCCAAACUUUGCCGAGAAAUGUGUGUCCGACCUGAAGAAAACAUGGCGAGAAAUCUGUUAUUUGUCUGCGACAGCAUUGGGCGUAUCGCUGGCUAUCGUGAUUCUUCUGCGAUAUAUCGCGGGUAUCGUCAUCUGGUUGAUGGUCGUUUUACUUGGCCUCGGCAGUAUCGUUGGCACAGCUCUGUGUUGGUAUCAUUACUACGAGCUGCAGGGAAAUUCGCAACAGACAGAGGAAGCAGAGAAAUGGCUGAUUGGUUCUAUAUCCGCCACCGUUGUCAUGGUGAUUGUGUUGUUGAUCCUGUUGGUGAUGAGGAAGAGGAUUGGUCUGGUUGUCCAGUUAUUUAAAGAAGCAAGUCACGUGGUCUCUAGUAUUCCAUUUUUGUUGAUUCAACCGCUCUGGACAUUAACCAUAUUUCUGGGAAUACUCACCCUUUUCUCCUAUAUCUUCCUUGGAAUGGAGUCUGCGGGUCACGCUAGCAUAUCAAACACCACAGGAUUCGUGUCCUUUAAAGAAGAUGAAAUGGUCAAUGUUUUGAAAUGGUACCACGUAUUUGCCGGUAUCUGGACUGUCCAGUUUGUCUUCGCGUGUGAGAGGAUCGUGAUGGCGGGUGCCGUGGCUGAGUGGUACUUCCAAAGGGACGCUGGAAUGCCAUCCUUUCCAAUUCUGUUGUCAAUCAAACGACUCAUCAGAUACCACCUUGGAUCCGCCGCAUUUGGAUCAUUCAUCAUCACUCUCCUAGUUGUCAUCAACGGGAUCUUGGCUUUCAUUCAUAAAAAGGUGAAGAACAGUACUGGAUCAGUGGGUGAUUUUCUGAUGAAGUGUUUCCGCUGCUGCUUUUGGUGUUUUGAAAAAGCCAUUAAAUUCAUCAACAGUAACGCCUACAUCGAGAUAGCAAUUCUAGGAGGGAGUUUCUGUGAGAGUGCCCGGCGCGCUCUAAAGAUCAUCGUUUCCAAUUCUCUCCGACUGGCCGCCAUCAACUCUAUUGGUGACUUCACGCUGUUUCUAGGGAAGGCGGGGACUGUUGCCGUGGUAGCAGUCAUUGCUAUGGAGAUGUUGGCGAUGAGAUCUGACGUCAUUUAUCCAUGGUUACCUAUCACACUCUCCUGCCUUAUAGCCUUUGUCAUCGCCAGCUGUUUGAUUGGAGUAUAUGAGUUAUGUAUCGACACGAUCUUUGUCUGUUUCUGUGAGGACUGCGACAGAAAUGACGGCGGGGAGCGACCGUACCACAUGUCCACUGGUCUCUUGAAAUUUGUCGGUGGAUCACAUGGUACCAAGGCCACGCAUAUAAUGGUACAUCCACCAAAAUGAAUCAAACUGUGAUAUUAAAACCAAGCCAUUUCGCUAAUUCAGCGGUAAAUAUGCUUGCAUGUUAACAUGGAAACCUUGGAAAUAUGGUUCAUUUUUUUCAUGUGACAAUUCAAUCUGGGGCCAGCGAUGUUGACUUUAAAAGUUAACAUCGUACUUGUUUGGUCGGAGGUUUGUAGAGAGGAGUUAUAGCAAAUCCGGAGUUCCAUAUCUUGUCUACUUUUAACAAGUACACAUGUAUACAAGUUGAAUGUAUCCUCCUGUAUGAAACUGCCCGCAAGGAAAGCUGUGAUAUAUAGGAUGUUUUUGAACAAAUAUGAAAGUCAAGGUUUCGUAAACAAGAUGUUAUUUUUACUUUUGUUUUAUAUAUAUAUUUUUACUUUUAAACAGUUUUCUUUCUUUUGAGGGAUUGGGGUUAUAGGGGGUUUAAAAUACCAUUUAUAAUAUGUAUAAUAGAUGAAAUAUUGAGACAGUGCAAUACACCAGUAUUAUUUAUUACUUUUGACUGCCAUUGAUAUUUGUAUACUAGUAUACGAGA